CAGUUUUGACAUGGAUUCCAAAUUUAGAGUGGCUGGCAUUCUUCUCCUAUGCCUUUUGUUUCCUACAGUGUUUUGUGCCUCCAAUGAUGGACUGUUCAGAAUUGGACUGAAAAAGAGAAAAUUGGAUCACAUCAAUAGGCUUCCUAGGCAUGUAGACUCUAUGGAACGGGAGUCAUUGGGAGCUUCCAACAAAAAUUAUGGUCUUGAUGGUAAUGUAGACAAUUCGGACACUGAUAUUAUUGCACUAAAGAACUACAUGGAUGCUCAGUAUUAUGGUGAGAUUGGUAUUGGCACUCCCUCUCAAAAAUUCACUGUGAUCUUUGACACUGGAAGUUCGAAUCUUUGGGUGCCCUCUGUAAAAUGUUAUUUCUCAGUUGCUUGCUAUUUCCAUUCCAAAUAUAAGUCAAGCGAGUCAAGUACUUACAAGAAGAAUGGGAAAUCUGCUGCAAUUCAUUAUGGAAGUGGAUCUGUCUUAGGUUUCUUCAGCCAGGACUAUGUUAAACUUGGUGAUCUUGUUGUUAAGAACCAGGAUUUUAUAGAGGCAACCAAAGAGGGAAGCCUUGCGUUCGUCGCGGGAAAAUUUGAUGGCAUUCUUGGUCUUGGAUUUCAAGAGAUCUCUAUUGGAAAUGCUGUUCCUGUUUGGUAUAAUAUGCUCAAUCAAGGUCUGGUUAGACAACCAGUUUUUUCGUUUUGGUUUAAUCGCAAUGCUGAUGAUGAAGAAGGGGGUGAAAUUGUCUUUGGUGGGGUUGAUUCUAGUCAUUUCAAGGGUGAGCACACUUAUGUUCCAGUGACCCAGAAAGGCUAUUGGCAGUUUGAUAUGGACGACGUCCUAAUUGGUGGUAAAACAACUGGAUUUUGUUCUGGUGGUUGUUCAGCAAUUGCCGACUCUGGAACCUCUUUGUUGGCUGGACCAACGACAGUGAUUGCUCAAAUUAAUCAUGCCAUUGGAGCCUCAGGGGUUGUAAGCCAGCAAUGCAAGUCAGUGGUCACCCAGUAUGGGAAAACCAUUUUAGAACUGCUGUUAUCCGAGGCACAACCCAAAAAGAUAUGCUCCCAAAUUGGUUUGUGCUCUUCUGCUGGUACUCGAGAUGUUAGUAUGAUUAUCAAGAGCGUGGUGGGCAAGGACAGUGACAAGUCUUCUGCUGGUCUGCAAGAUGAGAUGUGUACUGCUUGUCAGAUGGCAGUUGUGUGGAUGCAAAAUCAAAUUAGGCAAAAUCAGACGGAAGAUAAAAUAUUGGACUAUGUCAAUCAGCUAUGUGAUCGACUGCCUAGUCCAAGUGGAGAAUCUGCUGUUGACUGUAGCAGUCUAUCUUCGUUGCCCCCUGUUUCCUUUACUCUGGGUGAUAAAGUAUUUGACCUCCCCCCAGAGAAGUACAUCCUUCAAGUUGGUGAGGGUGCUGCAGCACAAUGCAUCAGUGGAUUUACGGCUUUGGAUGUGGCUCCCCCUCGCGGACCCCUCUGGAUUUUGGGAGAUGUAUUCAUGGGACACUACCACACAGUGUUUGAUUAUGAGAAUAUGAGAGUUGGAUUUGCUGAAGCAGCUUGAGUAAAUCCUUGGUUCUUCUUCAUAUUCACAUCCUUAGUAAUAUACUGUUGUGAAACCUUAUAAUAUUAUGGUGGUUGUAAACAUUAUGAAAUGAUCAACUCUGGGUGUAUCUUUGAAUCUGUAAAUCAUCUGUGUGAUACAAAGAUCUUCUAAUUAACAUGUAUGGAAAAAAGAAUAGUCUUCCUGUAAUAACUCUCAUUUGCCGUGUUUCAUGAUUUAUUUGGAAGCUUUAGAAAUUUCUAUCACAAUUUGCAA